GCAAGUUGUUUACGUGUUUAUAACAAUACUCAGGUUAAAAAUAAACUUCCUACCGUGAGAUGUUUUCUCGGGUUAUAGUUUGAAAGUAAUCUAAUUGUCGUUUUCAGUAGCAAGCCGUAAGUGAACGAAUCUACAUCAAUGCGAUUUUUUUGUUUUGUUCGUUAAGAAAUGUUUUGCGAAAUGUCGCGCGUUAACGUAGUUGGACUUGGCUCUGUAAUGGUAGGUAUUUGUAGAGCUCGAUCAGGAAGGUGUUUUGGCCAACAAAUGAAUCUGGUAAUAAGCGUAGCAAAAAACCCAGAGGUAGACUGGAACAAAGCUAUGCCGUAUAGUAAAAUUCCUGCUCCAAGUAUAUACAAAAUGCUGAGGAACUUUGGACCUGGAGGUCUCCAGCAGCAUGCCGGCCUUCCCGAUGUGUAUCGAUUUUUCCGUGACAAUUAUGGUGACUUGGUUCGAAUGCCUGGGCUGUUCGGAAAAAGAGAUCUUUUGUUGAGCUUCCAUCCGGACGACUAUGAAAGUUUGUUUCGCAACGAAGGCCAGUGGCCGUUACGUCGGGGCUUGGACACCUUCGAGUACUAUCGGACGCAGGUUCGACCGGACGUUUUUAAGGGUAAAGGAGGAUUGGUAUCCGACCAAGGAGAAAACUGGCAAAAGUUCCGUACAACAGUGAAUCCUGUUAUGCUGCAACCGAAAACCGUUAAACUAUAUGUGAGCAAGUUAGAUGAAGUAGCUCAUCAACUUAUGGCAAUAAUGCUCACCACUCGCGACAUCAAGAACGAGCUGCCGGCCAAUUUCAAACAAUGGAUUAAUCGUUGGGCACUUGAAUCAAUGGGUGUUCUUGCAUUGGACACUCGUUUGGGUUUACUUGACAGUGAACAGUCCGAAGAAGCAACAAUAAUAGUCAAGUACUUACAGGAAUUCUUUGAGUUGACGUAUCAACUGGACGUCCUUCCAUCAGUCUGGAAAUACUACGAAACACCCUCGUUCAAGCGACUAAUGGUAGUGCUCGAUAAAAUUACAGAAAUUGUGAUAGCCAAAAUAAGCGAGGUGGUAGCGGUUAGAUUGGAGAAAAAUCCAACAACUUCGAGUGAAUCCCAAAGCGUGUUAGAGAAAUUGCUAAAAGUUGACCGAGAUAUUGCUUUUAUCAUGGCGUGUGAUAUGCUGAUGGCUGGUGUCGAUACGACGGGUGCUGGUGUCACUGGUAUUCUGUACUGCCUUGCGUCCAACCCAGAAAAACAAGCUACAUUGCGACAAGAGUUAUUAAAAGUUUUACCUCAGAAGGACUCCUCAUUGACACCAGAAAAUAUGCAUAACCUUCCAUAUCUACGGGCUUGUAUCAAAGAAAGCAUAAGAAUGUGUCCACCUGUGUCCGCAAAUGUGCGUGCGACAGGCAGAGAUUUGGUUCUGCAGGGCUACCAAAUUCCAAAAGGGACCGACGUGGCAAUGAGUUCCAUGAUUUUGCAGAACGAUGAACGGUUUCUGACCCGUGCCAAUGAAUUUCUACCGGAAAGAUGGCUCAAGAUGGAGGGAUAUCCGAGCGUUAAGGAGGCGCAUCCUUUUCUUAUUCUGCCGUUUGGGUUCGGCGUAAGAACCUGCAUCGGCCGACGGUUGGCUAUGCUGGAGAUGGAGAUUGUCACUGCCAGAAUAACGCGUUUGUUUGAAUAUCGGUGGCAUUAUGGCGAACUGAAAAUCCGGGGGAACUUGGUCAACAUGCCCACUAAUGAGCUUAAGUUUGAAAUGGUUGAGGUGCAGGAUUAGUAAUAGAACGAAUAAUAUGAGUUAUUGUUAUGAAUGUAUAAAGGGUCUGUUCAAAUAUUACGUAACGCAAUAGGAGGGGGGGGGGUUGUUUGAUUUUUGUUACGAUUUGUUACACAAAAUAUGGGGGGUGGGUGUCCUUCGAAAUAUUGUUACGUAACAAAUUAAUUGCAUAGAGAAAAAAAAAGUAAAAAUGUUAAAAAAUGUCUAUUUUCUUUAAAGUAGAAUAAAAUAUAAAAUAAAAUAAAAUAAAAUAAAAAAUAUAAAUCUUACCAAAAAUCUUUUUUUUUCGAAAAUCUAUUUGUUACGCGUUACGCAUAUGGGUGGGAUAGUUCUGAAAAUUGUUACAGAUUGUUACGAGGGGAUGCGGGGUUCUCAAAAACGACGUUUUUCGCGUUACGCAAUAUUGGAACGGACCCAAAUCUAUAAUAAUAUAAAAUAGUUUAGUUUUGUUGAAAUUAUAGACGCAAAUGGAGACUGUUUCCGUUCUCAAUAAAUGUAUUUGAUGCGUUUUUUU